ACUCAAGGUCAGAGUCAGCAAAUCCUCCUCUAAAAAUAGACUCUAGUUGCAAAGUUGGUAAGAUUUCUUUUGUCGUUCUGCUGCACUUCACAGGACCCAGCUACCUAGAGCACCCACCUAAGCUUACAGUUUCUUGCACGUCCUGAGCACACUACUCCAUGAACAAGAUGUCAUCAGCAGGUUUGAAUGCUGGGAAGAAAAAUGCAUACACAGCAAUCAAAGUAGAUCCUGAUGAGGAUUACCGUACCCCAGAUGCAUUUGAAUUGGAGCGACUCUUCUGGAAAGGAUGCCCGAAGUACACUCAUGUCAAUGAAGUCUGGCCCAACCUCUACAUAGGAGAUGAGAAAACUGCAUUAGAUCGCUACAGCCUUGAGAAGGCAGGCUUCACCCACAUCCUCAAUGCGGCCCAUGGUCAGCGGAACGUGGACACAGGACCAGAAUAUUAUCACAACAUGACUGUGGAGUACCAUGGAGUGGAAGCAGAUGAUCUCCCCACUUUCAAGCUCAGCCAGUUCUUUUAUUCAGCUUCUAAAUUCAUUGAUAAUGCGCUUCAGGAUGAAAGAAACAAGGUUCUGGUUCACUGUGCUAUGGGUCGCAGCCGGUCAGCCACAUUGGUCUUGGCUUACCUGAUGAUUUACAAGAACAUGACAGUGGUGGAUGCCAUUGAGCAAGUAUCAAAACACCGAUGCAUCUUGCCAAACCGGGGCUUCUUGAAGCAGCUGAGAGAACUGGACAUAGCGUUGGCACUGCAGAGGAGGAACACCAAAAACAGCCUACCAUCUCAUGAUGACAAGAACAGCACCACCAUCUAGUAUUGUUCCUGGCAGGGUUGUGCUACUGGAAAAGAAACUCCAUAAAA